AGUCACAAACAUUAAGUGACGGUUCAACUCAAAUUUGGGAAAGGAAAAUAGAGAGCAUGGAAUUCACUUACUAAAAUCUUUGCCAUUCAUGAGUUUUCUUUCUGUUAACAUCUUUAUCUUCCCUAUUUCUCCCUCAAUAAGAGAAAAAGAAAAAAGAAUCAUCUACCAUUUUGUUUGUAUUUUAUGAGUUUAAGAUAUUGGAAGAAAUUAAAAUUGGGAGUUUUCUAGGACUAGCUUAAACAAAAUUCUCCCAUUUUAAGUUGAAUCAUAGCGAGGGCGACAAAUUCACGUUGAGUUUGAGAAAUAUUACCCCGUGAUUGAUUUCAACAAUUCGGAGGGGAAGAUCAAGUAUGAGAAGGACUUUGAGAGUAGAGCAAAAACCAAGAAUAAUGAAAGUAGACUAACCUCUCAUCCACAUUCAUCUAACUGAUACAGUGAUUUUUGUUGCUAAUGCAUUUAACGGUUUAAUUCAUAACAAAAGAGAAUAAACAGAUGAGGUGGAUGUUCAUAUUUUUAUUUUCUCUAUUUCUCCCUCAAAAAGAAAAUAAGGAAUCAUCUAAUUUUUUGUUUGUAUUUUAUGAGUUUAAGAUAUUGGAAGAAAUUAAAAUAGGGAGUUUUCUAUGACUAGCUGAAAACCAAUUCUGCCAUUUUAAGUUGAAUCAUACUGAGUGCGAAAAAUUCACGUUAAGUUUGGGAAACCGCUACCCCAGUGAUUGAUUUCAAUGAUCCGGGGUGGAAGAUCAAGUAUCGGAAGGACUUUGAGUGGCAGUCUUAUUUUAUGCAUAUCAAUGGUGUGACAUAACGACUAUACCCAAAAGUGAAAACAUAUCCAUCGUGUCACCCUACAUCUUGCCUUCACAAGUUACUGUGAACGAACAAACCACUUAAUAGCAAUAACGCGAGUUGUUGGGUAUAUGUUUGUAUGAAUAUUUAUGUGAAUGCUUUUUCUUCUACACAUCCCACAAAUAAAAGCAUACUGCGGGCUUUCAGUUUGCACAGGUUAAACAUACAUAUCGAUCGUCAUUUUUGGUAAACCAUUGUUUAUAUUGGGAUGUCGAAAUCAAGAACUAUUGAUAGAAUGCUUUGAUACCAUGUGAAUGAACAAACCAAUUAAUUCGAAUAUCUCAACUUUUUUAAAAAAGAUUUAUAAGAGAUUUUAUAUGUAAUUCAUUUUCUUUGAUGUACAAUCACUUCCUCCUUUAAAUACUUAGUAUAAUGAGAAUCUGAACACGAGAUCUUUGAUAAUUAGCGAACUAUUUCUCAUAAUAUAUUAUUCGAGUUGUUAAUAGUUGGACGCAUGCAGCUUCUUAGUGAAGUAAGUGAAAAGAUGACUCUACCAUAAGUUGCUCUAGCCUUAUUCGCCUGGUAAAUCAAAAGAUGAGAUGACUCUAAACCAAUCGUGUAGAUAAACUGGUCUGGUCCGAUUCUCAUGACUUGAAUAUGGCAUGACUGUAAGGACCAGACGUACAACCUCAAGUAGUGGUGGAAAUUGGUACGAUAUAUUUAUUCCCACACCGAAUACGUAAAUUCCAAAUACCGAAUAAUACCCAGAAAUCAAUCCCGAUUUCAAUUCCCAAAUAAAUUCGGUAUCUUAUUCCAACCUUGUUGUUGCAUAUGAUCCUGUGAUCUCAUAUUUUAAAAAUUGACAUGUUUUAUUUUUUCAUACAAUCAUUUACAGCCUAUUAUUAUCUUACACGAUUUUUGUCGAAAGCCUCAAUAGUACAUACAUCUCAAAACAAACAAAUAAGAUGGCCGAUGGAAUCAUACAAAGAGAGAGAGAGAGCCAGAGGUCCAGAAAACUUUUCUACUCCAAUCCCAAGCCUGCACCAUGGGCUCCAAUUACAAUAUCUGCACAUUGAGAAGACCUUUCUGCCCCCCACAGAGCCGUCCUGCUUCUACACAUAACUGCACUAUAAAAAAUAAAAAAAAACAGCAAAAAGCUAAAGGAAGAGGAAACACAUAACAUAAACAUGCAGAGAAAAAGGAGACCUAAUUGUUCAUCAAAUUAAUCACAAUGUGGAAGCUACUAAUCCCUUCAAAAUUACUAGUGGCUGUGAUCAUCCCAGCCUUGAUGAUUGUGGCACGUCCAUCGACCGAGGAUCAUUGAUCUUCAAAGUGUUUCCCAUAAAAAAACCUCCCAAAUAGCCCCAACAGUGAGUGUGUUCUUUAAAAUUUUAUGAAGCAUGUUUAAUAUUUUUUUUCGGAAACGCCCAUAACUCAUGAGACCCGAUGAAUUGGGUCAAUAUUUAACCCCGAAAUCAACCAACCCAACAUGAUCCCAACCCGUAAUAACUUAUAACCCGAGAUUCCCUACAAAAUUAUCCAACCCGCAGCCCGAUUGCCGGGUCUAGUUCAACAUAAAUUUUUGCUUCAAUUUUCGGAGCAAUAACAAUUACUACAUCCAAUCGCGCGAAUGAAUUGUUCCCUUAAAAUGAAAUGGUAUAAAUGGGGCCGCCGGCAACAUCACAUCUCAACAAACACAAAAAUCAGAAGGGCGAAGAAAUCAUGAUGAACAGUAGGAGAGAGCCAUAGCUACAAAAGACUCUCCGAGCCGCGCUGCUUCUACACAUCAUUGCACUAUUAAAAGAAGCAGAAGAAAAAAAACAGCAAAAAACUAUAGGAAGAGGAAAGCAAUAACGCAUAGAGAGAAAGAUGUGGAGGCAGCAGCUAAUCCCCUCAAAAUUUCCACUGCCGGCGGUGGUUGUCGCGGCGGCUUUGAUAAUUCUGGCACGUCCCACGAUCCAGAGCGCGGUUUCUGUGAAAAACGAGAUGAGCGAUAAGAAACUGAUAGUGCACUGUCAAUCCAAAGACGACGAUAUUGGGAGCCACGUCGUGGACGUAGGCCUUGAUUUGCACUGGGAUUUCCUUGCGGAGAUUGGGACACAAUUUUGGUGCAACUUGGCGGUGGAAGAUAAACAUCUUUCCUUCGACGCAUAUCAACAGUCGGACAGAGACUUGUGCUGUGGUCACAUGUACUGGAAGGUCAGGGAUGAUGGGGUUCAUCUAGUUGACCCGGAUGAUGGAGAAACAAAAUCUUAUCGACGGGAGUGGAAACACCUAUAGCUUCAAUCCAUACUUAUUCUUUUUCUUCUUCUUCUUUUCUUUCGUUGAUGAUUGGCCUUAAAGUUCGAACUUAGGAUGUGGUAGAUGUUUCUCAUUAUACGACAUCUAGACCAACCCCUAUGCUAUUUAUCUUUUGCUGUAUCGUGUGCCUUUUACGGCUCUACACGAUACAUAUCGGUUUUCUGCAUUAUUUAGUAAUUUAAGUUGUUGGGAAAUGCGAACCUAGUGUUAUAUCAAGCAAUAACCCAAUAUACUAAUAUUUUAUAUUUCAAAAGUUCAACUAAUAAGUUAAAAAGAUUUGGACUAAUAAAUUAUAUUUUCCAAGAAAAGAAAAAGAACAUUAUACUUUUACUGACAUAAAUCAUUGGCAACUUGUAUUGAACGAUAUGGCAUAUGAACGUGGAUAAAUUGUAACUCUUAUAGAUGGAUUAUUUAUUGGGCCUGGAUCGGUGCUCUAGCUCAUAUCCACAGCCCGCUAACACUCGAUCGAACUCACACGUGACACCCCAUGCAUGCAGACGUACGUGAAGCAGCCAAUCCCAUUUAGGUAGUUUGCCUUGCGAUGAGCUCCAUCCAUAUUAUUAUUUGAAUGAGCUAAAAAAGUUCAGAUUUAUCAUUUAAGAAUUGGAAAUUAAAGAUAUUUUAUUUUUCUUAAUUUUGUUAAUAAAUUUUUAUGUUCUUCAUUUUAAUUCGAAUUUAAAUUUCUUUGCACAGAAGGAUAACGUGUUCGAUGUUUGACGCAUGAAUCAGGUCGAUCUUCCCCUUCACCACAUCCGAUUCGCUCAGGUUUGAAUCAAAGCGCCGACGGAUAUGACACAAAUUGGCCCACUAGGGUUUCUCGCCACUGAAGUGCCCCCAGUUUUUCGAAUCGUAGAAGGAAGUGAGCAUAUGAUAUAGAUUUCAGUCGCUGGUACAAAUUAAACCUUGCAAUUGUCCUCCAUAACCAUAACUUUGAGAAUAUAUUAUUCAAAAUUGAAAAGAAAUUAUAAGAAAAGUAUUGAGAAGAUAUUUUUAUCGAAAUUGAAUGAAAAUUUUAAUUUUAG